AUGGCCCGUAUUAAAGCAAGUGUAGAUGUUUUGACUGACGAUCCAGAAUUUGAUCUGAGAUGUUCAGGAAUGUUUGGGAAAUCUGCGAUCCCGGGAGGUUCAGAUCCAAAGAUUACUGCUGAAUAUUUAGAAGGUUCUGUUGCAAGUGCAAUAGUAAUUAUAUUCGAAUGGUCCGAUUAUCAGAAUUUUGAACCUCAUAUCAGAGAAGGAAAAAAUGUAUUUGAUGUGCAGAAAGGAGCGAAAAGCAUCUGGACUGGAACAUUUAAUUCCUCUGGCGAAAAUGAACACAUAUAUUAUGUUAAUAGAACUGGUUAUUAUUGCGCCGGGGCUCUCCGAAGUGUUAGUGAUAGUGCCGACGAAUUCGGUGUGGGUAUUGACUGGCGUAAUCCAUAUGGAGAGUUACCUGCCGCGGAUUAUCCCAAGUUACCAUUUUAUGGACUUUUGUCAUUGGUAUAUUUGGCAAUCGGUAUAGCUUGGAUGGCACUUAGUAUUGCUCAUUGGCGUGAUAUUUUACAAGUUCAGAAUUAUAUCUCAGGUGUAAUUCUAUUUCUCAUGUUAGAAAUGGCUUUCAAUUGGGGAUAUUGGGAGAAUUUUAACAUUUAUGGUUAUCCUUCAAAUUUCCUUCUUGGUUUGGUUGCAAUUCUCAAUGCAGGAAGAAAUUCUAUUUCGUUCUUUAUGUUGUUAAUUGUUUGUAUGGGUUAUGGUGUAGUCAAGCCUACUCUUGGAAGCACUAUGAAUAGAUGUAGAGCAUUAGGAGUAGCGCAUUUUAUUUUUGGCGUUAUUUAUGCCGCAGGAACAAUGCUGAUAAAUCCAGAUACCACAAAUCCUCUUGUUUUCUUGGUCAUCUUUCCUUUGGCUUUCACAAUGACCGCAUUUUAUAUAUGGACACUUCAAUCAAUUACAAAUACUUUGCAAACACUUGAAAUUCGUCGUCAGAACGUCAAAGCUUUGAUGUACAAGAGACUAUAUCGACUUCUAUUAUUUUCCGUGACCGUUCUUGGAAUUUUCUUUUUAAUCAAUACGUUCAAUUAUACACAUCGUGAAGAUAUGGAUUGGAUAGCAAAAUAUUGGCAAUGGAGGUGGUUCUUAUUAGAUGGAUGGUUGAAUGUUUUAUAUUUGAUAGUAUUCAAAUUAACACAAGAUGAUGACAUGGAUUUAGAAAUCAAUAUUCUUCGAGCAUCAGAAAAUCUUGGAUAUGAUCAGGUAAAAUAUAGAGGUCCAUCAGAAAAUACAGGAGAAAAUGAACGAUUACGAGAAGGAAAUGAAUCUGCUAUAUUUGAUAUCGGUGAUCAUGAAGAAGGUGAUGAAUUUACAAAAUGGGAUGAUGAGGAAUCUACAGCAAGAGCAAGUGGAGGUGGUAGUUCUAGUAGUCAAGAACCUCCAGCACAACAAAGGUAA